UUUAACGCGUUGUGUGAGCGAAAGAACACGUAUUGCCGUAGAAAAAAAAUAGUGUCAUUCGUAAAGCCUUGAGAUUCAAUCGCCUGUAACUCGUUUUAUAAGCCAUAUACAAUAUGUUAACGAGCUGUUCAUUAGCGCUAGUAUUUUCUAUACGAUGAAUAAAAAAGGAUGAAAAUCAAUUAGUAUUGAUGACUGGUUACAAUGUCAACCAGACUUCUAAUAGGAGCUGCCAGUGUUGCUGGAUGUCUCCUAGGAAUACUGCCUGUGGACUAUUUUACAAGAUGUACAGCAUGGUCUGUUUUGGGGCUCAGCUUAACAAAUGUAUAUGCCCAAGAAAACAUGAUAUUGUUUGACUUUACAACACGUAAAUCUCUGCAGGAUUGGUAUGAAGUAUCUGAUACAGUGAGAACUGUGGGAAUGUCAAAAGCUGUGCUUGCACUGCAAAAAACACAGAUAUUUCAACGUGCUGUGUUUUUUACAAUGUUGAAUCCUCAGCCUAAUGGUGCAGGAUUUGCUGGUGUACAGACGAGGACUGACAUAAAUCUUCAGGACUAUAAUAAGCUUUUGCUGCAUGUUCGGGGUCAAGGCAGUAACUCAGGCUACAAAGUAGUCCUCCAUCAUAAAGGACUUAAUUCUGAGCCACAUCCAUCAUAUGAACAGUUAUUUACAGCACCUAUGGGUUCCUUUGGCACAGUAGAACUUCCUCUCAGUGAAUUUAAACCUUAUUUUCGUGGGAGGGCUCUGAAUUCAUCAGAAGCUGGACCAUUAGACAAAAGCAGCAUAACAUCAUUUGGACUUCAAGUUUAUGGUGGUGUAUAUCUCCCAGUGAAACAGUCAGGGACGUCAUCACUUGAAAUAGACUGGAUAAAAGCUGAAAAAUGAAAUAACUAAAGUCUUGGUUACAUUUGGUUUUAGUUUUCACUUUUGACUAAUGUUUAUAUUUUGUACUCAUUUUUAUAUUUUGUAUUCAGAAUUUUGAAAAUGGAUAUAUGAUUCCAUUUUUUGUGCAUUGUGAGCUCGGUAUAUAUAUGAUUUGUUAUCUGGAGUAACUGGAAGUAAAAUUUAUUUGUUAAUGUUGUAUAAAAAACUUAUUGAAUUAAUAUAAUUGUAAACAGAACUCAAUAUAUUAGCCGGGAAAAAUAAUCUGUGAUAUUUCUAUCCUAUGAAGGGAAACUACUUUUCCUGUACAGUUUUACAUUCAACUUUGUAAGUUGUGCCUAAAUUGUAACUGACAUGCCAACCAACCACACCGAUGACUCAGCAGAAUUCUACAAAUUAAACUUACGGUAGAUUUAAAAAUGUUCCUUACCUUUGAUGAUUCUUCAGUAUAUCAUUUCUUUACAUUUCUGUAUUAACCCAAUUCAGAAUUCACUGAAGGCAGAGAUUUUGGGAAAACAAGAGUAUCCUGCUUCCCUUUCUUCACUGCAGGAGUCUCUGCACAUAAUCUAGCUAGUUCCCUUCACCCUUCAAUUCUCUCUCUGACAAGGCAGAAGAAAAUGUGAACAAAUAAUUAUUUUCCAUUUAACUUGCAUUCAUCAUCACAUGUGAAUGAGUGAGUGAAUGAACAUGUCCCUUUGUCCUUUUGAUGUCUUCAUCAUUAAUUUGAAUUGUUAAUUCACGGAGUAUAAACUUAACAACAAUAAAGUUUUCUGUUAUGUUGCCUGCUUAUGUCUAUAUUCUUGUGUGACAUUACAUAACCUUGACUACUGUUUUCCCAACAUGUAAUUUCAGUGAUUUGUUUAGCCUAAUUGUCGUGUAGUCAGUACUUAUCUUUGAAGAAUAUCUUCAGUUCGGUUACAGUUAACAAUGUUAUGCCCCACAAACAAAGAGAGAGUCUGCUGAUUAGGGCAUCAGUUUGCAAUGUUGUGCUUCAGAGAGAAACCAAUUGAACCAAUUAUUAUACUCAAGAAAAAACAAAACUGGAAUGCAAAGCAUUAAGAUUUUGUGGUUAGCAAUGUUAUCUGCUCAAGAAAAGGAAUAAAAGAGGAAAGUAAAGAAGCAACCUUGAGAGUACAACACUUGUAUCCCAGAGAUUUUUGUCAUUGUUUGCUGGAUGGCAAAGAAGUUUAUUGAAUCACUUGCUGUUAAAUUGAGCAGUUUUUGCAUGUGAGUGUAAGAAUUGGAGAUGCACUAUAUAAUUGUACAUCGCUUUGGAGCUGGUGUCACCGUAUUGGAUACCCCAAAACAUGGCACACUAUUGCGAUUGCUUCUUGUUUUCAAUUUUUGUUGUGUAGCAGUUGUUCUACACAGUAAAUGUUAAAGUGGUUUUAUGAAUAACACAGUGGCAGGAAGACCCAGUAAUAUGAGACAUUUUGUCUCAUUUAUGUAACUUUGUUUUUGUUAUAAGUUAUGAAUAAAUAAAAAGAGAAAUAUGUAA